ACUAACUGUCAGUUGUGUACCGUCCGCGUCCCCGGACGGCCGCGUCCUUCUUCCGCCACAACAUUGUUUAUAUAAAGUCCAUCUCGUCCUAAAUGUUUAGUUCUCAGUAAAGUAUUCUCUUUGUGCGUCGACAUGAUCAAUGUGUGCUGAUUUUUAAUACCUUGCUGUUAAAUAAUCUCGUGAGACGUGAACCAGCAGAGUGCUGCGUGCUGCGAUGUUAUGGUGCGGCGCGGGGUGGUGUCCGUGUGCGCGGGGAGGGCGGGGAGGGGCCUGCGACUGGUGAUGGUGAUGGUGAUGAUGGUGAAGCCGGCGACACUUGCUGACGUCAUCUUUAAAGUUCCCGAAGUUAUGGCUCGACCGAUUUCAGGCUCCCGAGCGGUAGGUGUGGGGUCAACGAACUCCAGCCGGUCGGAGCCAGCAGCUGCAGCAGGCGGCUGGCCGGAGCCGGAGCCCCAGUACGAGGAGUACUUCGUGGAGCACGACGUGUCCACCGCCGACGCCCGCGCCGCCGCCCAGCUCCUCAACUUGGAUGACAUUCCAGAGACGCGUGUGGGUUGCGGUCCUUGCAGCCGUCGUGAAAUGGAGUACUGUGAGAGCCGCGUGUUGUCCGACCACUGCUGCUGCGAGCGGCAGUUCCUCCCGGAGCCGUUCCCCUGGUUGCCGCACACUUGCUACGUCGGGCCUCACCGCUGCCGACCAAUCGCCAGAGACUGCACCAAGUACGCCCGCCUCAGAGACUGCUGCUGUCUGAGGAGACUCGCAGAGAGAUGCUUAUCCUCCGUGUAUUGUCCAGGGAAGUCGAUCCUGUCGUCGUCCCCGGGCGGUGGCUCGCGCUUGUCGCUGCUGGUCUCAACACUCCUCGCCCUCCUCAGCAUCACCUCCUCCACCAGCAUCUAUUGAUCUACACUCCCACACAGACAACAUAAGACAUUGAAUUCAUUAUUUAUUUCUUUUUAACGUAUUAAUGUGUAAAAAUAAAAUUAAAAGAACAAUUAAUUUUCGUAUAUCUUUGGAGAGUGGCCUAAAAAAUUAUACGACACCAAACAGAAAAUGUAAAAUAUUUGAACAUAUUUUGUAAUUUUUUUUCACUUACAAUAAUAUUACUGUAUUAUUUGUUGGAGAAAGAUCUUAAGAUCAAUUAUUUAUUUAAAUUAUAAUUAAUUAUUGAUAUUGUUUGACACCAAAGGUGCUUCGACUGAGUUACCAGAACAUGUAGAGAUAGGUGAUAAGGAGAAGCUGAUACAGUAUUCACUUCGUAUACAGGAUGAUCACAUCCUCGGGUAUUAAAAGGAACAAAAGUAUUCAUAUUUUAUGAACGAAUUGUAUUAUAUGGGAACAUCACAAUGAAGCAGGGCCUGCUUAUUGUUUCGUGUUGUUAAAUAUAAAAUAAAUAAUAUAAAUGUCGCAGUUUGCGAAGAAAA